ACCCGCCCCUCUCCGCGGGAGGCGUCGGGGCCAGCGGCUGGGUGGCGGGCAGUUCCCGCCAGCUGUGCGCGCCCGCGUCUGGGCUCGCUCGGAGAGGACGCGGCGGCGGCGGCUCCCGGAGCCCAGCGGGCAGAGCUGCGGGCUGCGCGCGCCCCUGCUCCCGCCGUGCGUCCCCGCGGUGGCUCCCGCGCCCUGCGGCGGCGGCUCCCGCGCCCCGCGCUCCCCUUUGUCCGCGGCCCGGAGCGGCGGCGGCGGGGUCGGAGCCCCGCGCGCCCUGGGCGACUGAGGCGGCGGUGGUCCGCGCCCGCGCGCCGCGGCGAUGCCGGACCAGAUCUCCGUGUCGGAAUUCGUGGCCGAGACCCAUGAGGACUACAAGGCGCCCACGGCCUCCAGCUUCACCACGCGCACGGCCCAGUGCCGGAACACCGUGGCGGCCAUCGAGGAGGCUUUGGACGUGGACCGGAUGGUUCUCUACAAAAUGAAGAAAUCUGUGAAGGCAAUCAAUAUUUCUGGGCUGGCACACGUGGAGAACGAGGAGCAGUACACCCAGGCUCUGGAGAAGAUCGGGGGCAACUGUGUCUGCAGGGAUGACCCAGACUUAGGAAGUGCCUUUCUCAAGUUCUCCGUGUUCACCAAGGAGUUGACGGCGCUCUUCAAAAACCUGAUUCAGAAUAUGAACAACAUCAUCUCCUUCCCUUUGGACAGUUUGCUGAAAGGAGAUCUGAAAGGCGUGAAAGGGGAUCUGAAAAAACCCUUUGAUAAAGCUUGGAAGGACUAUGAAACCAAAAUAACCAAAAUAGAAAAGGAGAAAAAGGAGCACGCCAAGCUCCAUGGGAUGAUCCGGACUGAAAUUAGCGGGGCUGAGAUCGCGGAGGAAAUGGAAAAGGAAAGACGGUUCUUCCAGCUGCAGAUGUGUGAGUAUCUGCUGAAGGUGAAUGAAAUCAAGGUUAAAAAGGGGGUGGAUUUGCUUCAGAACCUGAUCAAGUACUUUCAUGCCCAGUGCAAUUUUUUCCAGGAUGGCCUGAAAGCCGUCGAAAGCCUCAAGCCCUCCAUUGAAACGCUCUCCACAGAUCUCCACACGAUCAAACAAGCCCAGGACGAGGAACGGCGGCAGCUGAUGCAGCUUCGGGAUAUUCUGAAGUCAGCGCUACAGGUCGAACAGAAAGAGUCUAGGAGAGACUCACAACUUCGCCAAAGUACAGCGUACAGCUUACAUCAGCCUCAGGGAAACAAGGAACACGGGACGGAGCGGAAUGGGAACCUGUACAAGAAGAGUGACGGGAUCAGAAAAGUGUGGCAGAAGAGGAAGUGUUCGGUUAAAAAUGGCUUCCUGACCAUAUCCCACGGCACCGCCAACCGGCCACCGGCCAAACUCAACCUGCUGACCUGCCAGGUGAAAACCAACCCUGAGGAGAAGAAGUGUUUCGACCUCAUCUCACAUGACAGGACGUACCACUUCCAAGCUGAGGACGAACAGGAGUGUCAGAUAUGGAUGUCUGUACUGCAGAACAGCAAGGAAGAAGCCCUGAACAAUGCGUUUAAAGGCGACGACACCACAGGAGAAAACAACAUCGUCCAAGAGCUGACCAAAGAGAUCAUCUCGGAGGUGCAGAGGAUGACGGGCAAUGACGUGUGCUGCGACUGUGGGGCACCAGAUCCGACGUGGCUCUCCACCAACUUGGGCAUCCUGACUUGCAUCGAGUGCUCUGGAAUCCACCGGGAGCUGGGGGUUCAUUACUCCAGGAUGCAGUCCUUGACCUUAGAUGUAUUGGGAACGUCUGAGCUUCUGCUUGCCAAGAAUAUUGGGAAUGCAGGCUUUAAUGAGAUCAUGGAGUGUUGCCUACCAUCUGAGGACUCGGUCAAACCCAACCCAGGCAGCGACAUGAUCGCAAGGAAGGACUACAUCACGGCCAAGUACAUCGAGAGGAGAUACGCAAGGAAAAAGCACGCAGACGUCUCGGCGAAGCUCCACAGUCUCUGCGAGGCCGUCAAGACCAGAGACAUUUUUGGGUUACUCCAAGCUUAUGCUGAUGGUGUGGACCUGACAGAAAAAAUCCCACUGGCCAACGGGCAUGAGCCAGAUGAGACAGCCCUCCAUCUUGCAGUCAGAUCUGUGGACCGGACUUCCCUUCACAUUGUGGACUUCCUGGUCCAGAACAGCGGGAACCUGGAUAAACAGACGGGCAAGGGCAGCACGGCCCUGCACUACUGCUGCCUGACAGACAACGCGGAGUGCCUGAAGCUCCUCCUGCGAGGGAAGGCCUCCAUCGAGAUAGCCAAUGAGUCAGGAGAGACGCCGCUGGACAUUGCCAAGAGGCUCAAACAUGAACACUGUGAGGAACUGCUGACUCAGGCCUUGUCGGGAAGAUUUAACUCCCACGUUCACGUCGAGUAUGAGUGGCGACUGUGGCAGGAAGACCUGGAUGAAAGCGACGAUGACAUGGACGAGAAGCUUCAGCAGCCCAGUCCUAACCGGCGCGAGGACCGGCCUGUCAGUUUCUACCAGCUGGGGGCCAGCCAGUUUCAGCCCAAUGCCGUGUCUUUGGCCAGAGAUACCGCAAACCUCAUCAAGGACAAGCAGAGGGGCUUCGGGCACAGCAUCUUGCAGAAUGAGACCUACGGAGCCAUCCUGAGUGGCAGCCCGCCCUCCUCCCAGUCCUUACCCCCCAGCACCACCAGCGCACCCCCACUCCCGCCUCGGAACGUUGGGGGCAAAGUUCAGACAGCCACCUCAGCUAACACCCUGUGGAAGACAGACUCUGUAGGUGUGAACGGUGCCAGCAGGCAGCGAUCUUCGUCAGAUCUGCCAGCUGUCCACCCACCGCUGCCCCCUCUGCGAGUGACGUCGACCAAUUCCCUGACCACCACACCACCCCCUCCUGUGGCUAAGACAUCAGGCGCACUAGAAGGUGUGAACCAGCCAAGCAAGCCCACCCAACCCGGGGCCUCGCAGAGCAAGCCUCCACCCCUGCCACCCCAGCCACCCAGCCGCCUGCCUCAAAAGAAGCCAUCUUCCGGGACUGACAAGCCGACCCCACUGGUCAACAAAGGCCAGCCAAGAGGACCUGAAGCUCCGGGUCCUCUGUCCAACGCCAUGGCCCUGCAGCCUCCGGCUCCCAUGCCUAGGAAGUCACAGGCGACCAAGUCCAAGCCCAAGCGAGUCAAAGCGCUUUACAACUGUGUGGCUGACAACCCGGAUGAGCUGACUUUCUCUGAGGGGGAUGUGAUCAUUGUGGAUGGGGAAGAAGAUCAGGAGUGGUGGAUUGGCCACAUCGACGGAGACCCCAGCCGCAGAGGAGCCUUCCCUGUUUCAUUUGUGCACUUUAUUGCUGACUAAACUGCUACUGAACAAAAGGCCUUCCUUUAACCAUUCGUUCCGUUUUGUUAUUGGUACCAAGACUAGCUAUAGCCGGUCUCACGGACCCAGCCCAGCCUCUCCCCAGUUCUGUUCUGAAAACUCAAAGGCAGUUUUUUAUGUAUAAGCAGAUUCCUUUUAUAGGUUGUGUUUCUCACGCAACAUUGCUAUACUUUUACUAGGAAAAGCAGAAUUUCCUAAAAAGGGGGGAGGGGAGGGGACAAAAAGCUAUUUUAACUCUAGACCCAGGAUCCUGCAUUUUCAGGAGUAGCUGAACCUUAAAAAAAUGCUUAAAUGAAUUUGGGGGAUUCUUACUGCUUUCCUCUACCCGGUUCUGAUGUCGGUUCACGUUAGCACAGUCAGUUUAGCAGGCCAGUACCAUGCUGCCGUACCCUGAACUUUAUCCACAAAUGCCAUCCAUCCAUUCACCUUGAAAGACAUAUAUUCCUUUGAAAACCCAGCCAGUGUCUGUUUAAAGCAACUUGGCAAUUUACAUGUUAGCCGUGUACUUUUCUGGCCCCAGCCUGAGGUGGCAGCUGCCAUGACCUCCUGCAUGUACGUGUGACCCGUUGUUGUGAUCAGCCAUACCUGGCCUACUGCUGCUGAUGGGUAAUUACGACAUAGCGAUUAGCCGUCUGUUCUGCACCGGUGUUCGUAAGACUAGGGGUGACAGAUUGCAAAGCAGCCCCUUACACUAGCUUGUCUGCCCCAGGUGUUGUAGGAUUUGCCUCCUUCAGCGUCCCCCGUCACGCAGAAAGCAACUGUAUACAAGGACGCGUGGCGCAGACCAUGGCAAGCAGCACAUGCCUUGCCGUGCCCUGGCGUGUGCCGCUGCCUUCCCAGCUCCCGAGGACACCUGCUUAGCUAGCUUCCUGUCUUGUCUUUCAUAGGAUUCUCCGAAAGGAACGGUAGCUACACUGUCUUGAAAUUUAGCCUGUCCAGUUGUUUGUAUUCAAGAGCAUAUCAGAAAUCCAUAGACCCUGGGGAACCCAGUACCCCCCCCCAAACACCCCAGUUACACUAUGCCAGGCCAUCACCUAACAUUUAAACUUACAAUAUGCGGGGUGGGGGAGGGUAGCUAGGUUGUGUAUGAUAAAAAUCAAAACUCAUUAGUUUCAUGAACUUGACUGUCAUACCUCUAUUUGAUAACUGUAAGCAUAAAGUCAUAGUGGGGAUAUGGGCGAUUCUGGCGCUCUUUCGGAGUAAAGAGGCAAGCAUGGGCGUGAGCAAAGGCUGGAGUAUGAGCAAAAGGAACGGGCUGAAGUGUGGGCUUGACUUGUUAGGCAGUGAUGCUGUCCAGUUGGUACACUUGAUUGAAGCAGUGCCGUCCUGACUCUUGGUGCAAGGCUCUGACAAGCAGGACCUUCCCUUUCUUUGGUUCAAAGAGAACAGGACAAACUGGAAUGUUUUAGGAUGCCAUACAGUGAUGGUCUCCUGUCUUUCAGAUUCUGGGUAAAAACAUGUUAGAUCUGUGAUUAAGGUCAGUCCCCCCCGCCAACACUAAUUGUUCAUUUCCAACGUUCAAGCCCCCCUCCUAGUGACUUUUCCCGUAGACUUCAGAGCGUGAACAGAUGCAUUUUGCACAUUGCACUUCCCAAUACCUCUCUGACAGCGGACCCCCACCCCCCUACGCAUCUGUAUCAUCGGUCUUUGGUGACCUGGUGCCAGCUCUCUGAGAAAUCAAGUUGAUUUAUGUCAACAUUUUAACUCCAGUCCCAAGCUAACCUAUCGGGUUCACCGGUACUUAAACGCCUAGGGAGUCUUUUUCCACUUUCUGGUGGUGCUAUUGGGCGGUAGUGGAGAGUGCUUUCUACCCGAAGAGAAAUCCUAUUGACUUCCCUCCCAAUUAUCCUUCCUAGUCAUUUGCUCUUUGCAAAUAGAGAAGAAAACACUGUAGAUACCUAUUUAUAUUUAAAGUUUACAUUUCACAAGCGUCAGCUGUGGAAUUUGGGCUUUUUUAUUUUAUUUUAUUUUAUUUUUUUGCCAUUUCCAUCAGGUCUGACUUGGAGAGAAAAAUGACUCAGAAACAUGGUGCACAGAUUAGUGUGAUCCUUUGAGGGUGGAGCAUGACCUGCAGCCGAGAAUGCUAUUUUGAGAUGUAUGAUAUUCAGUUCAUUCACUUGAUUACUCUGGUCUUGUUGCAGAGCAACUGUAUAUACUGUAUAACCUAAACGGAUUAUUUUCAUUGUCCUUCAUGCCGUGAUUUAUAAUUAGAGCAUGUUUAAUAAAUUGACUUCCUGUUAACCAGUCAUUUGACUGGGAAAAAAAUAAAGUACUUUUAAAUGGA